AUAACCCGGUGUAACGAUCUGAAACGGGAUAAGUAAAUUAAAUGCUGCACCGCUGACGGCUCGCUAACGUUUCAACGUCGUGGCUGUUCUGUUUGUUUGGCUGUUGUGGGGGGUGGUUUUGUGACUGAUAUGUCACUACUCAUCGGGGGGCUGGGGGGGCGCACGCUGCUGUGGGUGCGGUAACCCCGCUGCGCCGGCGGGACGCCAGCUGACGGAUCAGCCAGCGAACACCUGUAGCGCAAGCGGCUCCGAUGAGCUCCGAGGCCGGGCCGCGCGCCGCCGCAGUCCCUGCGUUACCCUCCCGCCCCGACGGCAGAUCGCUGUAGCCGGGGAGCCCUGGCGUCCGGCGCGGCAGUUGAUGGGGGAGGGAGCGGGGCAGGUCCGCACGGCCCAUGGCUGUGAUCCCCGCUCCCUUCUACUCUCUGAGGGGCGGCUCCGCCCGCCGCCGCGCUCCUCCCUGUGGCCCGCAUGGUUCCCCCUCCCUGCGGCAGGGGGCGCUGUUCCCCUUUCCCCCUCGCUCAAUCCCUCCACUCCGCCCGCGGGUGUCGGCACACACAGGUCACAUGACGCCCUCACGGGAGAGGGGGACUGGAUCACGUGGCCCCCUAAACUCGCGGGAGCCCCCUCGUUCAGACCGGUUAGCGAAGCACGGGGAGGCGAGAGGCGCCGAUGCCCCCACUGGGCGGCAGGACAGCGGCGAGUUUGCCUCCAUAGGAAUGGCAGCUGCGGGACUGGCUUCCUCACGUGAUCCUCAACGGGUCCGAGGAAGACGUCACGUGACUACUGCCGCUGAGCCUGGCCGUUGGGCGCGGGAGCUACGGUGGCCGAGCUGAGCGAGGUCUGUUACCUAGGUAACCUAGUUCCGGCGCCUGAGACAAACCUGCCGGUUUUUCAAGGGAAGCUGCCGCCGGCGGUUCGGCCCGGCAUAGUAUUUAGUAAUUGAACUGUUUUGGAAAUUAAGUUGGAGCUGCUGACUAUGGCUCAUCGGUUUUCAAAAGAAGAACUAGAUGAACAGUUUGAACAGUUUCUGAAGGAGUCUCUUUCAGAUGAUUCAUUUGAAAAUUCAAAGACAAAAUCCACCAUUCUUGAGACACUGGGACAGCCCAGGAGAAAGGAAUUGAAGAAGAAAGAUCCUGUGCCAUGGUGGAUAUCCAAGGAUGAUUCUGAUGAUGGCGGAAUGCUAGGGACAAGUGGAAGCUUUCUCAAGUCACAAAAGGAUUCCCACCCUACGGUGGAGGUGGAUGAAGAAGCUCACACAGGAAAAAUGCAGCUCCAAAGAAGUCAUGGUGUUUCUGUAUCCUUAAGUAGAGACAGCCUGGAACCUGAUGAUUCAGUUGUGGCUUCUGGACCCAAUCAAAGUAUUUUGGGAGCUGGAUUGGAUACUUUGGAAGAACUAGAAGAAAAAGAGCGAUUCUUUGCUAAACUUGAAAAAGGAGGUUCAUAUACCAUUGAUUAUUCAAGAUUAAACAAAGAGCUGGACUCAAAUGAUUCUGUAUUACUAGCAGCAUUUGCCUGCAAUGAACAAAAUGUAGAACAAGUGGAAGAUGAAUCUAAAUGUGAAGAGAAAUGUGGCAAUUAUAGUGAAGAUUUUGAAGAUGAGACUGAAUCUAAUUAUCCUUCUAAAAAUGAAGAUAACGAAGUUGAGCAAACUGUCAGAUCAGAUGCUGAUUUAAGUAUUCAAGGACAGGAUGAAAAGACUGGCAUGCUGGCUAAAGUUGUGUUGCUUGAUUCACAAGACUCCACCAUGGAAACUCAAAAGGUCAUUGAACAGCAAGAUGCAGCAGUGACUGAACAUCAGACAUCUGAAGUCACUAAGGAUGAAAUAAAUGGAACUGCAGGUACUUCCUAUGGACAAACUAACAGUGAUAUUGAAGCAUUACAGCAGGCCUAUUGUCAUAUUGAUCAGUCUCUAGGAGACACAGAUGAGCAAAGAAUUAAUCUUAGUGCGAUGGAAAAUGCAGAGUUCCCAGUCCAAGAUGCUUCACAAAACAACGAAGACUAUGCAAAAAACAUCUCAACUACUGAAUCAGAUUUGCUCACUGUAGAGGAAUUGAUGAAACCGAUUAGAGCAGAUUCAUCUCAUGCAAGAGGCUUUGACCUGGAGCCUGUAAGUCCAGUAAAACUAACAGACAGCAGAGCAGCUGAAUUUAUGAGCCAUUUGCCAUUUAAAGAACACAAAAAUGAUGCAGUUCUGGAGAAGCAAAGUUUAGAUUUUUUGUUUGAAAAACAUAGUAAAGAAGAAGAGAGUGUUUUUCUCCAGGCAACUUCAAAUGAAGGUAGUCAUCAGAAAGGGACUGAUAAAGACCAGAUUUAUAAAGAGCAGCUUAACCUUUUGAGACAAAAAAUACUACAAGAUUCUGCAUUGUUGCAUCAGGACAGCAAAAUUAAUAAGGCAUGUCAGUCCAGCUCCUGGAGGAACACGGGAUUGGAUUCAGUGAUUAAUAAGCAAAUAAUGCACAAGAGCACUAGAAGUACAGCUCCUUUACAUAAGAAGAAAUCUCCCAUUGGAUCUCAUAUAUUGGUUAGGAGUUCUGGAUAUGGUAAACCCACUUCACCCUUAAAACAACUUUCCACAACUAGUGAAAAGAGAGCAUCAAAAGAAGCUCUCAAAAAGCCAGGUUUGAAAGCCAAAUCACCUCCAGAUAAAGCAAGGCAAAAAGAAACAUUAUUUACUACUAGGGUAAUAAGAUCUGCAAUAAAUGAAUCAGCUUCUAAAAAGGCCAACAAUAUGGUUACAUCUAGCCAGUCAGUUGUUAAUGCCCUUGGACAACAGAUUAAGGAAAUGGAUUCUUGUGUGCAGUCUCAAAAUGAUUCCUCACUUUUCCCUGUCAAAAAUUGUGAGAGAGAGCUUUAUUUGCUAAAAAGAGUCAAGGAAGCAGAGGAAAAGUUGAAAGCAGCACAUGAUUUAAUUCAGCAGCUGAAAGAUUUAUUUUCACAGAAAGAGAAGGAAAUGGAGAAUAAGAUGGUAGAAAUGAAAAUGCAACAUGACAAAGAGCUUUUUCGGCUGAGUCAAGAAAACUAUGUGCUUCAGACCAAGGUAAAUAGUAUGGAAGAGCUGAGCAAAGAAAAGAAAUGGCUUCACCUUGGGGCGACAGAGGCUGUCACUGAAGAGAAGUUAAAGCAAAUUCAAAAGGAAAUUCAAGAUCAAGAGAACCUUCUUCGUGGUUAUCAGCAGGAAAAUGAAAGGUUAUACAAGCAAAUGAAAGAACUCCAGAUACAAAACAAGAAAAAUGAGGAAAGGAUGUUUAAGGAAAAUCAACAUUUAACAUCUGAGUUAGCUUCCUUAAGAGAACAGAUGGAUAAAAAUAACUUCCUGUCACAUUUAGAGCAGGAUUCUAAAUCAACAAGAAACCAGAGUUUCACCGAACUGAUUUCAGAACUUCGAGUAGCACAGAAGGAAGAAGCCAAAUUGCUGGAAGAGAUAAAACGGCUUAAGCAAGACAAACAAGCUCUUGAAGUAGAUUUGGGACAAAUGAGGAGAGAGAGAGAUUUGGCAAGAGCCCAAAUUGUUUCUACGUCAGGUGAAAAAUCUUAUGAGAUAAAGAUUAUAGAAGAAUCAUACAAAGAGGAAAUCAGUCUUUUGAAAAAGAGACUGCAGUGGUAUGCAGAAAAUCAGGAGCUUUUGGAUAGAGAUGCAGUUCGUCUUAAAGAUGCAAAAGAAGAAAUUGAGAAAUUGAAACUACAGGUUGAUAAUCUCAGAACUGAAGCUGGGAAUCAGUCUGUGCAACAGAAGAAACGUUUAAAGGACAGAGCAGCAGAUGCAAAAAAAAUUCAAGAUCUUGAGCGACAAAUUAAAGAAAUGGAAACAAUUCUAAAAAGAAGGCAUCCAAAUUCUUUGCCUGCUUUGAUAUAUGCUGCUGCUGCAGCAUCUGAGGGAGGUGGUGACAUUUCGGCUAAAUCCAAUACAAUUGAUUUCCUGGAAAGAAGAAUUAAAAAGUUAGAAAUGGAACUUGAGGGUAAAGAUGAUGAAGCUAAAAAAAGUCUACGUGCUAUGGAACAACAGUUUCAAAAAAUAAAGCUUCAGUAUGAGCAAAGACUUGUAGAGCUUGAAGAACUCCUUGCCUAUAAAUUGAUGAAUGAACCACAAAAACUGCAUGACAGCAAAGCCAGUUUUACGGCAAUUGAGCAAGAACUUCAUAGUCUAAAGAAGGACCAUCAGAUCACAGUAAAAAAUCUUCAAACAGAAAUUGAAAAUCUUAAAAAUCAAAACUCCCAGUUAGAACUCAAAAAAUGUGAAAGAAGUGAUGAAGACGUACAAACAAUAGAAUACCAAGUGGAACAAGCUCAUGCUAAAGCCAGGCUGGUAAGACUAAAUCAAGAAUUAAUCACCAAAAGCAGAGAGAUACAGGACCUAACAAAAACUGUGGAGAGACUUCAAAAAGAGAGGAGGACGAUGUUGUCAAAUCAUAACUCAAGUGACAAAACUGACAGUAAGGAGAAGUCAACAGAAAUUUUGAAAAAGGAUAUUUUAGCAUCAAGCAAAAGGAAUGCCAGCACCAGUGAACCUUUCCCAGACACUCUUGAUGAGAAAAUAUACCAGCCACAUAACUUUGCCGAUUCCCAUAUUUCAGAAGUUCUGCAAGAAAAUGCCAGGUUAAAAGAUGAGCUAGAACGACUGUCUCUAGAAAUGAGCCAGCAGAGAGUGAAGUCUCAAGCAGCACUGGCUCAUUCUGAAAGUAACAUACGAAGGACAAAAGAAGAUACAGCAGAAUACAUUGCAGCUCUAAGAGCAUCCCAUCAGAGAGAAGUAGAGAAAAUUCUUUGUCAGCAUGCAGUGGAACAUUCUGCUUCUAAAGUAGCUGAACUAAAUAGCAAAAUUUCAAGACAAGAAAUCUUAAUAAAACAUCUACAAGAACAAGUUAAUAAGCUGCACAGAGAGCAGGAGGCCCUUGCAGUUUCACAAACGCGAGAGGAAAUCUUGCAAAAAGAGAUGACAAAAUUGUUGGAAGAACUGAGAGAGGCUAAAGAGAGGCAAAGUCCUGAGAUGAAACACUUCUUGUGUCUAGAAAGGAAAAUCAAGAAUAUGGAGAUCAGACAUGUACAAAGAGAACAAGAACUUCAGCAGAUAGUGCAACAAACACGGCAUAUUGCUGAAGUGCAGCAAACCCAGGAAGUUGAGAAGUGGAAAAAACUUGCCCAAUUAAAGAAUCAAGAGCUGGAGAAGUUUCAAGUGGAAUUAGAUUCAAUAUUAGAUGUUUUACGGGAAUUGCAGAAACAAGGGGUUGUUAUUCCAGUACCUGUUUCAAGUGGAUUCAGUUUACCAGAAAGAUAUUGGAAGACAUGACUGGGUAAAAACUGAUCAGAGAAAUAGAAUUUUAACCUAGACAGCUGUGAAUAUAAAACAAUCACUGGUGUAAUCCUUGCAAGUUCAGAUACUUUUCAUAAAUUCAUCUGAACUUUCACUCAUCUAAAGGCAAGUUUUUACUGAACAAUUGAUUGCAUAUUGUCUUGUAAUUUCUUAAUAAUAAAUGAUCUUGUAUGUAAAAAAAAAUUAGGAAUUUUGAGCCAGAUGAUUUUCACCCCCCAUAAACUGAAUUGUUAAGAAAUUUGCAUUUCGUAUUCUUCCAACAGCCUGUGGAACAUUACUGAAUACUUUUGAGAGAAGAUGUACAAUUCUGUUUCAUAUAGCAUAACUGAUUGCUCAGUUGUAUUUUCCUAUGUCAGAUCUAUGAAACUCUCAAAUAAUGUGGUCUAUUUUAUUACAAUAAUUAGGGCACACAAUCCUGUUUACAUCUUUCUAACACUUCUCCUUCUCAUCUUUUCACCCAGUACUCUUUUCUUUCCUCCCUUCCCUUUUUGGCCCCUAAACGUCUCCAAAUGUUUGGAGGACUAGGUCAGGUUCUUUUUAUGACAACGACCCCAGACUUAAGCCUGGUCUACAAUUAAAAUUUAGAAGGACGCGGGGGGUAUGGACAAAAUUCACACCCCUCAGUGCCAUAGUUAAGACAAACUAAUCCCUGGUCUAGACGCAGCUAGGUUGAUAGAUGAAUUCUUUGGUCAACCUGGCUAGGGGAGAUGCAUUACCUACAUCUACAGAAAAACUCCUUCUGUUGGUAUAGGAAACGUCUGUGCUAUGGCGUAGCUGCAGCAGUUCCACUGUAGUACUCCUAGUAUAGACGUAAUCUUAGAAAACUAUUUUCUUGAGUUUUGAGAUAUUUCUUACAAAGCCGUGCCAUUCAUACUAAUGCUCUAUUUAGUAUAAUCAUUGGUAUUUGAUUGCUGACUGAAUGAUGCUAACAGUUAGUUUACAGGUCUACAGCAGCACCUAUAUUAGCUAUAGAUCUGUGCCUUUUUGGAGGGACCAUGAAAGAAGACAUGUUUUCAUCAGUAAAUUAUGUGCUCACACGAGUGAGUGUGCGUGAUUUAAAUAAAAAGUAGUUAUGUACCAAUUUGUAUCUUGUAAGUUCCUGUUAAAAUGCACUUGAGUGCCCAUAAUUGAUUUGCAGUGCAAUAUUUGCUCAUAGUUAUGCUAUAUAUUUUAUAUAUACAUGAAAAAAUACACACACUGUAUGUAAGGGCUAGCCUGCAUGAACAGUUAGACCGCAGCAGGCUGGGGUGUGAAGCUCCCGGCCACUAGCCUGUCAUGGUUUGACUAUCCAUGUUGUCCCUGCUGCUGUAUAUUAACAGUUCGUUAGAAUGCUUUGAUCUGGUCCUUUUUGAAAUGCGACUAGCUCAAAGUGCUCUAACAGGCUGCUAGAAUGUAGAACAGGGUCCACAAGAACAGGUAGUGUGAGGUAUAUUCCCCAGCUGGCUGCAGUCUCAUGGGUCAUUUAGACAAUCCCUAAGUGUUUGUACGUGAUAUCUGUAUGUAAAACAGUAUUGAGAGUGAUAAAGUUGGGAUUAAUGCAAUCAUUAUUUUGGGUUUCUCAUUCAUAUAUUUUCCAAAACUCCAUAAAGCUUAAUUUUCAUUAAAAAGGAUGAUUUUUUCCAAGAAUAAUCUGGAAGUGUUAAUAUAUAGUCAUAAAUUAUGUAAAUAGGACUAUAAAGCUUUGUAUAUAAAAUGUCAAUCAUUAGUAAAUAUGUUGUAUUUUCAUAAUGUACAA